AUGGAGCCAAUUCAUUCAGAUGACAUGGAAGGUUUUGUUGAUGAAUCCUCUAAGCAACUGGAUUCCCCAUUUUCUGCAUAUCUACAUGGAAUUAACGGAGAGCCUGAGGUACUUCCGCGUGUUGGAGAUCAGUACCAGGCAGAUAUACCGGUUCUAGUACCAGAACAUGAUCGUUUGAGGCUCAUUAGAUGCUUUCAAUCAGAGCCUCACCUGCAGAAUCUGGUUACAUUUGGUUUGCCUAUCCCACUUAUGUGGACAAGAAGUGAGAAAUUCAGAGGUUUCCGUGAAGCGGAGAGUGAAAAAGAGAGUGUAAAAGAGGAUCUGUCAAGAGAUGUUUCCUUGGAAAAGGCCGUACCAGCUGCUAGUAUGAAACCAAGGAGUAUUGUGCUUGCAUUGCCAUGCCCAAAAAAUGUUAAAUUCAAGUUUGAGUGGCUCGAUAAGAGCCUCUAUCCAUUCCCUGGGACUUUGGGUGAAUCUUGGGUAGACGCUGAGCGAGAGAGGUUUCUUCUUGGUCUCUACUGUCUUGGGAAAAAUCUUGUCUUGGUGCAGAGAUUUGUUGGGAGCAAAAAGAUGGGAGAUAUGCUCUCAUACUAUUACGGCAGCUUUUACAGGUCUAAUGAAUACCAGAGAUGGGUGGAUGGACGCAAGGUGAGAAGCAGACGGUCUGUUCAAGGCCAUAAGUUAUUUACAGGUUGGAGGCAACAAGAAUUGCUUUCUCGGAUCUCGUCUCAAGUAUCUGAGGAAUGCAAGAGUAUGUUGCAAAAGAUAUCUAAAUCAUUUAGAGAAGAUAUGAUUGCACUGGAGGAGUAUGUGUUCACUUUAAAAGAUACGGUAGGUAUUGAUAUGCUUACAGAAACGAUUGGUAUAGGUAAAGGAAAAAGAGAUCUGACCAACUGCGCAUUAGAGCCAACCAAGUUGAAUCAUGGAGCCUCUGGUAACUCUGAAGUACGAAUAGGCAAUGAUCUUCCGUUUGCGGAUAUUGUAAAAUUCUUAACUGGAGAAUAUAGGAUGAGCAAAACAAGGUCCAGUGACCUCUUCUGGGAAGCUGUCUGGCCACGUUUAUUGGCAAGAGGGUGGCACUCCGAGCAGCCGAAAGAUGGUCCAAGGAAUUCUCUUGUUUUUCUCGUACCGGAAGCCAAUAAGUUUUCCAGGAGGAAGAUGUCAAAGGGGAAGCACUACUUUGAUUCUCUCACUGAUGUCUUGAAAAAAGUUGCUUUAGAUCCCACGCUUCUUGAGCUCAAAACUGAUGUGGAUCAAGAGAAAAAAGUGAGCAAAGAAGAGGAAAUCAAGAAUGAUCCUCCCAUAAAUUUAGAAGAGUUUGAUGAUUCUUCACCAAACAGCAAGAAGAAGAAAAGGUACCUACAACCACGCACCAAAACAAGUAAAACCCAGGAGGUCGUGAUGUUUACGAUUGUGGAUGCCAGUAAGGCGAGUACAUUGAAAGAGCUGAGAUCUCUGCCUGUUGAGACCGGCAGUUCAAUAGCAAACUCCCCAAGUUACUUGAGUGAAUCUGAAGAGAACCUGUUAGAAGAAUCAGAAAACAACGCAGAGAAAACAGCUAAAUCAAUGGCUUCAAGAGUGUGUGGUGGGGGCAGUAUUAGCUCUGGUAAGAGCAGCUCUGUAAACAUGGACAAUGCCACGAGCCGAAGCACCAUUUCACUCAAUGAAAAACAGCAGAAGAACCGGAAAGGCGGGAGACCAAGAAAUCCAAAGUUGUUACCCGUCUGCGCCAAAAGAAGUAGCUUGGCAGAUUGUACCUUGAGAGAAUCAGGUUGUCUCGGUGAAACUCAGUCCAGGAAGAAGAAACCAGUGAAGAAGGGGACACGGAUGAGACGAAACCCAUCAGAAGCUGAUCAAAAUGUAUUGAUGAGAGAGGAGCAUAUCAAUCAAGAUCAAACUCUGAAACUGUCCUCAACCAGUUCCUUUGCAGAAGAUAGCUCUAGUGGAAGAAAUGAAGACCGCGAAAUAUCACCAGAAAGACUUGAAACCAGAGAAGAUUUCGACUUGAACGUAUCGCAAAUCUCAGUAGAACGUGAAGCUGAUGGUACUGAUACUGUCAUCACAGAUGUUGUGCAAAACAGUGACAGCUCUUGUGCUGCGCAGUCAUCUGUUCAAAUGGAUGUGGAAAUGCAGUGUAAGCCUCAUGAGAAGCAGGUAACCGCGGAUCUGCUACCUGGGCGGAGGCAGAGUACAAGGACUCGACCGUUGACUACAAAGGCACUGGAAGCUUUUGCUUUCGGGUACCUUGGUAAUUCAAAAAAGAAGAGAAAGGAUUUAGAGGAGCCACGAAGCAAGUCAAGAACAAAGUCAUCAAAGCGCAUCCAUCGUCACUCAGUUGUGUCCUCUGAGUUCAGAAACGGAACUGUAGAGGAUGGUUCGAACACUGACGAGAAUGAAUAG